UCAGCGUAAGCAAGAAGCAAAGGAAAAGCCUCUUGCUUUCACUAGUAAACCGAGGGAAGAAAAAUCCAUCAAUGGCGGCGAGAGCCAUGUCUGGCAAAGGCCUCCUCUUGGCCGUGGCGUUGGCAUCGGCCUUUCUGGUGGCGACAGCGACGGCGCAGUCCGGGUGCACGGCGGCGCUGGUCGGCCUGUACCCGUGCAUGAACUACAUCAGCGGCAACGACACGGCGCCCACCAAGUCCUGCUGCUCGCAGCUCGGCUCCGUGGUGCAGUCCCAGCCCCAGUGCCUCUGCAGCGCGCUCGGCGGCGACUCGUCAUCGCUCGGCGGCAUGACCAUCAACAAGACGCGCGCGCUCGAGCUGCCCAAGGCAUGCAACGUGCAGACCCCGCCGGCGAGCAAGUGCAACAACGGUGGUGGCGGUGCUCCUGGCGCCGCCUCGCCAGAGGUGCAGACACCUGCCGGCUCGGGGUCGAAGGCAACGCCGUCGGCGUACCUGCAGGAGAACGGCGGCUCGUCGCUCCAGGGCACGGUGGCCCUGGUGUUCGCGGUCGCUGCUGCGGCGGUCUAUGCCGUGUCGGCCGUGUAGUGACUACAUAGUGAGCUGGACUGAAGCGCUAGCUGGCUGGCGACCUAGAAAUUCGUUUCUUGUGUGGCAUGAUUUGUUUUUCACAUUGGUUCAGCAUUAAGCAUUGGGGAGGAGGAUUGGUCAGUGGUGUGUUCCUCAUCUGUACUACUUUGGGUUUCUUGCUGCACUUGAAAUAAAGUGGGUUUUGUUUUGUUCC